CCAGCAUCUAAUAUGACUCCGUUUGCUCUUUGAUAUUAAGAAUUUGAAUCGCAUAAUGCGUAACCUUUUCCUUGAUCUUCAUAAGCUACAACUUACAACUGAUGCUGUAGAAGUCGAGUCAUUACGAGGAUUUCUAGUCGAAGAAUCAUCAACCUCGAAGAGUCAUCCAAUCCCCCAAAAAAAAAUACCAUGUUGGGUCAGAGGAUUAUAGCCUCACCGACCAGAGCGCGAGGACUCGACUUUGUGCGCAGACCUGGCGUCUCACCAGCAGCUCAACUCUCUACUUCGAGGACCAGAAAUGUACGUCUUCGCACCUAUGCAACCUCAAGUACCUCUGCCUGUUCCACUCCAACAGUGUCCGGAAGCAUCUUAGAUCCCCGAACUCCACCACCAGAGGGCGUUCGCUAUAAAAAUGAUCGUUCUACUGCAGCAGAGGUACUUCUACAGGCUAGAAGUGAUCGUACAGCCUCUAGUACCUCAGCAAGUUCAAGAACAGCAUCAAGUACAAGUACACCAUCUUCAAGUACUACAUCAACAUUUUCAAGAACUACAGGAGAAGGGGGUGGAAGGAUUGCGGAGAUAACGAAGUUUCUGCGGGAGCUAAAUGAGGCAGACUAUCGUGAGGCUCAAGUUCUGGACGGGGUAUACCGUCUGGGCGCACAGAAGUGGUACGAUAUACCCCAUGUGCCGAAAAGUUUACAAUAUGAGCUCUCUCAACGGUUUUCGAAGUACGUGUCAACGCUCAACCCAGUACAGUUUAUGGCACAUUUAAUUUUUGAUGCGAUAACGAUAUUAAGGCUGGAGGGGAGUCGCAGUUUCUGAGUAUUUAGUCAUGAUAGAAAUACUUCUGAAUGGCAAGAAACUGUUGACAUUCGAUCUUUGAAGAAGUGCUCUAGUGGUCGUUUCUCUCCAUAUUGGUUGAUAAUAUCUAUAGAGAUAAACGACUGUCAAAUUGAUUUCGGACAAUUUCCUAGUUUUUACACUUGAACAAGAUUCAAGAUCAUCUAUCAUUGAAUGUCUGGCGCUAUCGGCGGAUGGUGGUAGCGCAAUGAAAGACCACUCAGUGCGGCAAUUAUUCACGAUGAGAUCUGACUUCGAAAGCGGUCGAUCGAGUUGUUUUAUGGCAAAGACUUUUUUGUAGAUUCGGAUCUAGUAGAAAGUUGUUCUAACCUAGUGCUAGGUGAACCAGUUAAGCUUGUAUCUAGCAGUUCUAGUUUUGAAAAAAGGCAUUGAAGGCAUUGGGGGGUCGCUCCCCCCUGCUGCGUCGUUCGUGUCUUCUCCUAUCAUAAGCUGAGUGUUGUGAGCAGAGAUACGAAUAGUGCUUAUCGGUAUUGCUUAUUAACUGCAUAAACAAAAAAUUCCCUCCCAUUUUCCCCUUAGAAUAGUACGUUACCCUUCUCAAUCCAAAACUUAGGUAGAUAGUUCUAAUUUGAUAAUACGAUGAAUUGACAACUGUAUCAAUAUAUUUCUUGUAUUGCAGGCGAUGCUCAUUUGUUUCUUGUUUCUUGUCUUCAAAAAUGGGCGUUUUUCCUCAUUAGAUGACAAUCUGGGGAUGGCAAUAACAGGUCCGAGUACAAGUACCGGACAAGUAGAAGAUCUUUUGUUUAAGUUUAACAUACAGUUAUUCUUUCGUAGUUGAGCAACAUUUUGCUCUACUUUCAUGAUCCAAGAGGGAGUCUGUCUACUGGUGCACCAUUUAUGUUAUUCAUUAUGCUCUAAGUUCACAACCGAAGAAACGAAACACACCAGACCAGCGAGACGAAGCAGCUACAUUGAGACAUUGUACUGUGCGCGAGACGCGUCUUUAUCCUUGAGUUCGCAGGAUGGUUGUGCUUUCGCGGGGUCAUAUAGUAGGACGAAAGGGUUUCGGAGACAACUCACUGCUGACGAGAUCUGCGACCAAGUGCUGUAUUUUCGCAGUGACACAACAUCGUUGUCAGUAGACGAGGGAAGCAGGAAGGAUGGAGGAACGCAGACAGCGUUUUUCAGUACUAAGCAAGGUAUGAAUGGAUGGUAGUAACUAAACGCACAGGCUGAUCACGUGACGUUUUACUUUCGUUUCCCAUCUCCAGAAAGACUUCUCCUGUAGUUUUUUUUCACUAGUGGCAGUAUUUUUAUUUGCUGUGAUCGUCUUAUCUAGGACAUUAGACUAUUCAAGACGUGACGUUCAAGUUCAUAAUCGCAGGAGACCAGGAAGGCUUGCCAUGUGGAAAGUCAGGAUACCAUGGCAUCUUUUCUUCGUCGGAAACCCUGCCAAUAUUAAGGCUAGCCAGGAGUCACUCUUUUGUCUUUUUGUGAGGAAGUAAACCUAGAGUCAGGGAAGUCCCCUUUGAUUUAAACGUCGAGCUAAGUUGUAAGGGGGAAACUCGCGCGAUUAAUGGUAUUGUAUUGUAUAGGUUUUGAUGGCAUUGCGCAGCUCUAACAACAAGGCGUAUAGAUUUCGAUGGCAUUGGUGAGCCGCUUGCAAAUCCGAAUAUUUUUGAGGCCAUGAGGUUACUCACCGAACUAGUGAAGAUAUCACCACGCCGAAUCCACAUUCACACCGCUGGCGUGGUGCCUUCGCUGCGGCGCCUAGUAGAAACUGCCACGCAAGUGAAAUCAUCGAAAAACUUUUUCGCGUUUCUUUAUGAGGAGACGAGCAUUACUCUAUUCUUUCCGAUAUAUGAUUAGCGCACAGCUGACUUCUGGUUUUCCAAAAGAAAGUACUUAUAGAGAUUCACUUCUUAUAAGAAUCGUCUUAUUCCCUUCAUAUUCGAAAACUCAAAAUAACCGAGUUACUGAAUGAAAUAAGGGAGGUAGCUAGCUUUGACAAGGCUACUCUCCCUUCUCAUCAGUAUCUCGGUUGUUCUGAUCAGGUACUUGCUUAUUUCAGACAGUUUUUCUUAUAAGAAUCGUCUUAUUCCCUUCAUGUCAUGUCAUUCGCAUGAUGUCUCUCAUAUCAUCGCACAGCUGAAUCUCGUUCUCCACGUGGGGUCUGUGGUAGAGGAAGAGCGAGAUCGAUUGCUGCCGCUGAAUCGCGUGUAUCCUCUGGCUGAUGUGCUCACCGAACUCGAUGCGCUCGUAGCUGCAACGGGGCGUCGUAUUGUUACGAUGGAGCUUCGUAAGUUUUGUUGAAGAUGGAGAAGGCUAGUACUUCAUGAGAGAGCACUUCUUCAUUAGAUGGUCUCAUAAGAAUUAAGUAGUUCUACACGAGAGAGAACCGACAAUAGUCUCAUAAGUAUUAUCCAGGAGUCUAUAUGUAUUAUCCUGUACAUGAGAUGACCCUAGAACAGAGAGAGAGAGUGACACUGUACCUACUAUACCUGAUUCUCUAGUACAUGACAAAGAAGAUCAAGUUGAUCUAUGUGUCACACACUAUGUAAAAUGAUUUGAGAAACAACUGGUGCAAGUUUCUAUGCGAAUCUAAGUCGCUAUUUCUCUACGAGUUGAGGAGUGGUGAAAAUGAUUCGACUGGGCAUGCCGUUGGCCUGGCUCGGUUGAUCCAUAACAGGAAACGACCCGACCUCUGUCACGUAGAGCUGCGUAGUGUUGUUAUGAUCGUAGGUCAGAUAAAGGUAUUACCAUUUCUUCUGUGCAAUUAGGUUUUUUGAUUCGCUAAGGUUGACAUGGGUAUUACCUUUUGACCUCCUUGGUUCGUGACAAUCCUAUCUUUGAAGAUACUGCUCUUGAAGCGAUGUAGAGGCCGUCCACAUGUGGAGGAAAAUGCUGAGACUCGGCAGAGGCCCGGUCUUCGACAGGGGACUGAUCUUCGACGGGGGACAUUCAUUUUCGAAGCGAUGUCGUCUAAUGAGAAUAGCACAGAGAAGAUGGGGCGGAAGGCGGAGGAGGAUAUAUCCUCGGAAGACACCCGAUUGGAGGCUGCAAAAGCGAAGAUAUCAGGAGAGAGCGAAGAUAUAAGGUUCGCGCGUAUACUUGGAGAGAGGGGUGUCAGCGUCUCAGUGCGUCCAAGUGAUCCGGGAAGUUAAGGCGUCUCUGAGGACUCGUUGGACUUGUCGUCACCCUUAAUAUUUUGGGCGAUGGCGCUCAGCUUGCUACAACUUAGAUUUCUUCGAGUAGCUAGUGGUUGAAGACGGUGAAAAGACUUUCUUGGGUUGUUUCAACGGGGUCAGGACUGCCCUUAAAAAGGUUUGGGCUUAUGGCCUUAGACCGUCGUUUUGCUCACUUGCGCUUACUACAACCUAUAGAUCAAUUUUAAGUAGUAGUUGAAUCUCCUCUAAUAACAGAUCCAGCUGGGCGCAACGUUUGGGCAGCAGGAUGCUGCAUACCGAGAACGAGAUAGUGGGAGCUCAAUUGUCAAGAGGGGUCGAGUUCUUUUCUCGCAAAAUAGAUGAUGCCAUUCUUAAGGUUAGGGUCUAGGGGUUAGGGCUUAGUGGAAGAAGAAGGAGAAGGAGGUAGUCGAAGAAGCUAUAUCUAGAUCAAGUAGAAGGUGUUGUUAUAUUUGGGAGAAAAAUAGGUGGCGCUAUUUGAUUCAGUCACAAUUCUUGAUGCUUUUCUGACGGCUUUGUCAAAAUAGAAAAGAACUCCAGACAUCGGAUAAGAAAACAAAGAUAUCAACAAUCCUAGUAUAUGAUUAUGGAGGAAUCUUUCCACAAUCAAUUAGAGCAGUCUGCGCCUCCAAGAAAACGCUGUGCAUCCCCUAGAUGAGUUACUGGCUUAGGCGUUGCCCUCUGCACUAAAUAUUAAGCAAUGACAAACAACAACAACGACGGACAACAAUUAACGACCGACAUAAUUUUAUUGGCGGGCACACCAACUACCAACCGGAGUCAGUCAGUCGGUAAUGAAUCAUGAUGAUGGUGUAAUGAU